AUGUUGGACGGAAUACUUGGCAGAGGCUUCACCGCGAAAUGCAAAUCUUUGAUCAAAUUGACGAAGAGUCGGAUCGAUGUGAUACGGAGGAAGAGAAGAGCGACAGAGAAGUUUCUGAAGAAGGAUAUUGCUGAUCUAUUGCUCAACGGUCUCGAUAUUAAUGCCUACGGAAGGGCUGAAGGACUCGUGGUUGAGUUAACACUCUCCUCUUGCUAUGGUUUUGUUGAGCAAUGCUGUGAAUUUGUGUUGAAGCAUCUACCAGCGAUGCAGAAGUUGAGCUGUAACUGUCCAAAUGUCCCAAAAUUGUUAUGUGGUUGCCCUGAGGAAUGUAGGAUGGCUGUAUCGUCUCUGAUGUUUGGUGCUGCAAGAUUUUCUGAUUUACCAGAAUUACGUGAUCUUAGACAAAUAUUUCAGGAGAGAUAUGGGAAUUCCAUGGAGUGUUAUGUCAAUCAAGAGUUUGCUGCAAAUUUGAAUUUCAAAUCAUCGACAUUGGAGAACAAGGUCUGCUUGAUGCAGGAGAUAGCAUCAGAGUUUUCAAUAAACUGGGACUCCAAUGCUUUCAAACUGAGGAUGUCGAGAUCCUCUGCAGUGGUACAGGGCCACAAUGCUUGCAUGUCUAACGAUGAUAAACCAUCAGAUGGCAAGGAUUUUACCCAAAAGGAAGUAAGGAAUGAUGUUUUGUUAGAGAAAAAUCAUGAUCUUGCCAAUGAUGGGUGGAGAUUUCAGAAUGGCAAGGAAGCAGUUGUCUUAAACAGACAUGAACGUGAUCUUCCGUCUAGAUCCACACUCCCUGGAAUUGUUCGGGAAGUUCUUCAAAAAAGGGAUGGCCAUGAUAAUCCACGAAGACAUGAGGUUACAGUUGAGAAGAGCGACAGAGGCUUUUGGAAGGAUGGUAGCAUGCUAAAACCGAUUGGACAUCCAUCUCCGUAUAAAACUGAGGAGCAAUUCGAAGGUGGUUCCAAGCUGUAUAAUAGUAGGGGGAAUACCACCCCUCCAAGAGAAAACCAGGUUAGUAUGCUAAAGCCGACUGGACAUCCAUCUCAGAAGAAAAAAGUUGAACAAUUUGACGAUGGUUCCAAGCUGCAUUGUAGUAGGGGGAAUACCACCCCUCCAAGAGAAAACCUGGGCAGUAUGCUAAUACCGAUUGGCCAUCCAUCUCAGCAGAAAACAGUGGAACAAUUUGAGGAUGGUUCGAAGCUACGUAAUGGGCGGGGGAGUAUCACCCCUCGCAGGGAAAACCAGGGCAAUUUGCUAAAACCGAUUGGGCAUUCAUCUCAGGAGAAAACAGUGGAACAAUUUGAAGGUGGUUCCAAGUUUCCCAAUAGUUGGGGGAAUACCACCCCUUUAAGAGAAAACCAAGAUAGUGCGAUAAAACCAAUCGAACGUUCAUCUCGGAAGAAAACAGUGGAAAAGUUUGAAGGUGAUUCCAAGCUGCAAGAUACUUGGGGUAAUACCACCGCUCUAAGAGAAAACCAGGACAGUGCAACUGCUAGGAAGUCUCCUAGUCAGGCCGGAUCACAUUUCAAGAGUAAUGCAAAAGAGCCAUUUUCUAUUAAUCAUGUUGCCCUUCCUGCUACUGAUAAAUCAGAGAGAAAAAUUCAAAGGAAUGAAACACCUACACUGAAGCCCUGCUACAAUAAUGUCAUUCCACCUCCAUAUGUUAAACAACCUAAUUCUAAGCAGCAGAAUAGCACACGUGGAACCAAUAUAAUAUCUUCACUUACCGACAGUGGUGGUCUCUCUACAUAUCAUUCAGCACAUGAGAAGCCCGAUACUGUAUCUGUGCCGGCGAGGAUUCAAAUAGGUUGGGUUAGUUCUGACCAGGAUUGGCAGGGCAAUAGACACGAGAGACUGAGCAAACAGAGUCGUGAAAAAGAAAUCUCAUUUCGAGAAAAUGCCGAAGUCCCUGUGGUAAAAUCAAGAUCUAUGAGGCGAAGGCACUCAAGAUCACGACCACCAAGUUACUACGAUGCCUCUAAUGAAGCCUCUGGACUUCAAAGAAAAUCGAGGAGCAGAAGCAGGAGACGAGAUGAAUCAAGACGAGGUCCGCAAGCUAUGUUUGAUGAUGAGCGGUAUCAAAAUGCUGAAGAGGAAAGGAUAAUAGAUAAAUUGCUGAUCCAUUAUAGCAAAAAGCCAUCCGUCCUUGUGCCUGAAAAAUUAAAAAGAAACUCUAAAAUUCACCAUGCACAUCAAAUGGAUGACUCAACCAAGGAAUUGCAGAUGCAGAAUAGAAGCGGAGAUGGAUUUGAUGAGACACCAGGGAUGGUUAGUCAUGCAUCACGAUCAUUUUCCCUUCCGCGUGAACAACAAAGAAAAGUGGAAGUUAAGAAAGUAUUUAAUCGUGCUGCUACAUUUGAGCCAGUUAGGUCACAGGAAGCUCGACAUGUGCAUCCUAAGUUACCAGACUAUGAUGAUCUAGCAGCUAGGAUUGCGGCUCUAAGAGGAUGA